GUUUUCACUUGUCAAAAAAAAAAACAAUUACAACACGUCGUUUGUAUUUUCGCUGCCAGGAUUUCCAAUUUUCAGCCGUUCAACUGCAGAGAUUGUCGAAAUAAAUAUAUAGGCGUUUGUCCCAAAACGAAUCCUCCUGUCUUUGUGCAUUGGUUGUCCAGAAUAAGUUGCAUUUUAUAUGGUUUUCGUGAUUCAAUAUAAGCAGCGGAAAACCACUCUCAUCAGAAUCCAGGGCGAUGGCCAUCUGAUGUUCAGCUAAAGAAUCGGUGAAAGCAUAUCUCCCAGUGGAAGCGGGAGGAUCGCGGAUAGCCAGACAGCGAACUAUCUGUCGUCUGUCUGUACAAAGAAAGAAAUAAAUUGCAAGUCAAAUCAAUUGAUUGAUCAAGAUGAGUGUGAUUAUUCGGUUACAAAAUCUGCCGUGGACGGCAAAUGCCCGCGACAUUCGAAACUUCUUCACCGGCCUCUCAAUCCCCGAGGGCGGUGUCCACAUUAUCGGCGGCGAGAUGGGCGACGCUUUCAUCGCUUUCAGCACCGACGAGGACGCCCGCUGCGCCAUGCUAAAAGAUCGCGAGAAGCUAAUGGAGAUCCAGGUGCGCCUGCUGCUCUCCUCGCGGGCCGAGAUGCAGAAGGUUAUUGAGACCGCUCGCAAGGCGGCCACGACGCCAGCGCCCAUUGCCGUGCCUGUUCCCAUACCAGUGGCUCCCACUAGGCCAGGCUCAGCUGCCACUUCAGCCCCCCUGCCGCCGAUCAUUGGUGGCUUGAGCGGCUUUCUGGGGCAGGUCAAGGCCGCUGUCCCUGUAGGUGCCACAGGGGGCGCUCCUUCUUUUCUGGCCUAUCAGCAGCAGGCGGGCAUCACGCUUUCCGAUGUCACAGGGCGCGGUCGCAGUCGCAGCCGCUCCUCCAGCUCCGAUGACAGCGAUCGAGAAUGGGAGCGGGAGCGUGAACGAGAUCAUCGCGAUCGAGGUCGCAAGCGUCGCCCGGAGCGUAAGGAUAGCCAAGAAAGGGAGUUAAAGUUGGCCCACAUGGGAGGCGCUGCGAUACCCUCGCCCUGGGCUCAGGCACCACCUCAAGUCCAGCUGCCGCCAGGUCUGGGCUUAGGUCUGGGCCUCCCCGUGGCCCCGGUCUUGCCCUCGCUGCAGAACUACACCACUAGCACCAGCAGCACCACCAACAACAUAACCAACAACUACAAUCUCGCCCCGAACGCCAGUGGCAAUCCACAGCUGAUGGCUGCACUGCAGCAGGUGGCCAACGGCAGCCAGGCCCAGGUGAUGGAGCAGCCUGCCAAGUCCACCGAGCCCAUCGCCUUUGCCAGCGUUAAUCCCUAUGCCCAGAUGUAUCCACAGCUCUUUCAGCAGCAGCAGCAGCUGCUCCAGCAGCAACAGACGCCGGCCAAGGUGUCGCCUCUGGGCAUGGGCAGCUCCCCGGGCGGCGGUGGUGGUGCCGGGGUCGGUGGCGGCGGGGGGAACACACCCGUGGCCGUGGCCGACACCUGUUACAUCCGAAUGAGUGGCAUGUGCCCGAGCAUCUCGUACAGCGACAUCCGCAAGUACUUUCAGGGCCUGUAUAUUCCCCACAACGGCAUCAAGAUAAUGACGGUGAACGGCAACCGCACCGGGGUCGCCUACGUGGAGUUCUCCCGGGUGUCCAGUGCCCAGAAGGCGGUGCAGCGUAACAACACCAUGUUUCGCGACCGAAUGAUCCAAAUCGCCCCCGUGGGUGAUGAGGAGUUCGAGCGGGCGGAGGAGCGUGCCAAUCAGCAACGAAAUCAUCACGAUGGGGGCGGCAGGGGCCAUCACCACAAUGGUGGCGGCGAGAGAAACAGCGAUAGGGGAGGAGGAGGAGGAGGAGGCAUGCCCAUGCCUAUUCCUGUUACCACAGUCCUGUACAUAGAGGACCUGCCGCAGCUCACCACCGAGCAGGAGAUUAUGAAGAUGUUCUCCUCCAACUACACCGUGGUGGACAUCCAGCUGUCCCCCAGUCCCAACAAUCGUCGCGAAUGCGUGGCCUUUGUCCUGUUUGCCAGAGAGUCUGAUGCGAAGUCAGCGCUGGAGGACACGUCCAGUCACUAUAUUGGUUUCCGGCAGCUGAGGGUGAGGCCCAGCAGUCUGCAGGAGAUGCAGAAUGCCAAGGAGAAGCUACGCCGGGCCAACGAGCAGCUGCUUAAGGAGGAGGCCGACCAGAGGGAGGAGCUAUUGCAGGAUCAGCAGAGAAGGCAGCAACAGCAGCAGCAGCAGGAGGAGGAGCAAAGUAGGCUCAGCAACGAUCCAAGAAGGCGCCAAGCACAGGAACAACAGCAGCAGCAACAACAACAACAACAACAACAGCAGCAGCAGAUGAAUAUGAAUCCCAAUAUGAUGUCACCCUUUGCCAACGGCAACAUGCCAUUCAACAUGCCAAACCUGCAGCAGCAACAGCACCAGCUGCCCAACGGCGGCAACUUUCCCUUCAAUAUGGGCAACAACAUGGCCAUGAACAUGAACUGCAAUGGAAAUUCAAACGGCAAUGGUCCUAACUUUCCCAACAUUGGCCCAGAGAGAAUAGAAGGCGGAGGAGGAGGAGGUGACAACCAGCGACCCCGCCAGGAGGACGUCUUCGUCCGUGUGCACAACUGCGAGUAUGCCACCCGGGCCAAUGAUCUCGGGGAGCUCUUCUCCUUGGAGCAACUGCGCAUCGAGCACAUUGAGCAGCUGUUCAAUGAGCGCAAUCAAAGCUCCGGUGAGUUUAUUGUGGAGUUCUCAGAUCCCGCCAGCACCAAACAGGCCGUCCGGGAGUUUCACAAUCGACGUUUCAGGGGCAGGGGUCUACGGGUGGUUACCAUUACACCGCAGGAAAUUGCGGACAGAAUGAACAAGCCCUUCAUGGACUAUCUGCCAGGCGGCAACGGUCCCAGGCAGCAGCAACAGGCAGAAGGUAACAAUGUCAGUGGCGGUAGUGGAAGCGGAAGUCGCGGAGGUGGCUCCAGCGAGGGUCAGGGGAAACAGCAAUCACGUCGGCGCGGCCCUAGUCGGUUUAACGACAUCAGUAGUCCGCCGCAGGACCAGCCACCGCAACAGCAGCAGCAGCAGGUGGAGAAGCAAAGAUCCCAGGAGAGGGAAAAGUCGCAGGAAAGCAAUAGCAGCUCCACUGCCUCCACAACAACCACCGGCAAGCAGCACUUCAAUCCAUUUGCCCGACCCGACCCACCACAGAUCAGCGGCACCAGCUCCCUCACCCCUAGUCCGGCUCCCGCAGCUGCUGCCCCAGUGAUUAUGACAGAAAUCUCGGAUAAGUUCAAUCGACCUGGCUGCGUUGUGGCCAUGCGCAACGUUCCCUUCAAGGCGGAGCUCAAGGACAUCCUGCGCUUCUUCGGCGACUACAAACUCAGUCCCGACGACAUCAUUCGGCGGUUCAACGAUGACGGCAAGCCCACCGGCGAUACCCGUGUGGCUUUUGAGUCGCCGGCGGAGGCUCGAUCGGCCUUUGAGUCGCGCCGCAGGAAGCAGAUAUUCAACCGCACCGUCUACCUGGAUAUCCUCUAGGACAAUUUAGAUUUUGAUUUAAUCAUAGAGGUAGAAUGUAUUGUAAAUACCUAGAUAAGUAAGAUCAGCACCAAAACUAUAAGGAAGGCGAGUGGGACUGCGACUUCAUAGAUCUAAGAGUCAUCGGACUUUGAAGCAGAGAGCCUUGUUUAAAUAAUUAAAUUACUUUUGCCUUGAUUAA